UCUCUCCCCCUCUGAAUCCCUCUCCUCUCUCUCUUUCUCUCUCUCUCUCUCUCUUCAUAUAUGUGACAAAGCUUUUUUAUAGAUAUAUACAAAUCACUAAAAUUUUGUGUUUGUUGAAAGUUGAAAGAUGAGGGCAACAAAGUAUCAUGGUGAUGAAAAGGAAAAAAUGGUGAUCAAUGGUCCACGUCCAACUCCAUUGAGGAUCAUCAACAAAGGCUCCCAUGUCAUCCACAAACAGCGAAACCAACAACACCCAAUAAUCACUUACACCAAGUCUCCGAAGAUCAUCCACGCGAAGCCUCGCGACUUCAUGGCCCUGGUGCAGAGACUCACUGGUCUCUCCUCUUCCUCGCGAUCGUCUGAAAACAACGAAACUUCACAAUCUCAACCUAGAAACAAUACUAAUAGUUAUGAAAUGAAGAGUAUCAAAGUUGAUGAUGAUGAGUCCUCUUCAAGCCUAAAAGAUGAGAAUUGUGGUGCUCACAAGUAUAGCUCAGUUUUGUUAUCUCCAAAUUUCAAUGUAAUGUUGCCUAGUCAAUUCUUGGCUGAUAUACCGC